CCUCGCGAAUACAAAAUGAAGUUGGCGGUGACUCUUGCCUUCUGUUUUAUUGUGAAAGUUGUCACUGGCAACACUGUUCUUCAAAGUUCAUGUCAACUGGACCUGGAAACAACUGUGUCAAAGAGUUUGGACCUAUUGAAAAACGCACUUGGAAGAGAAUUAUCCAAAGGAGAGUGUCCACCAUCAUGUCCAGAUAGGUGGUUGCGCUACCAAGGAUCGUGUUAUCUCUAUGGAAAUGAACCGUUGACCUUUGCAAACGCACAGGGAGUCUGUGAAGAUAGCGGCAGUCACCUUGUCGACAUCAAUGAUGAGGCAGAAAAUACAUUCAUCAAAGACAUUGCUCGACAAAUGACACCUCACUACUGGUUUCUUGGAUUGACGGGCAGUGCAGCCAGAAAUGAUUGGACCUGGAGUAACGGUUCGCAGCCUACCUUUACUGAUUGGGUUACCGGCCAGCCGGACGGUGAAGGAAAUUGUGUUAUUUUACAUCACGGUUAUCAUGACUACAAGUGGACCGACAACCCGUGUACUCGUGCUUACUAUUUCAUUUGCGAAAUGUAACCAAAUAACUCGAUUGGCCAAAACACUUUGGACAGUUCUUAUAACUUUUUGUGUUCACUUUUCCUUUAGUCUGAAUUGACAAAUGUUAUAUGAACAAGUUACCCUGUUUGUACUUGUGUGAAUCAAAACCUUAGCUAAACACUAUGUUCAGCCAAUGUCGCAUUUUUUACAUAUGGAGGAAAGAAUGUUUGUCUUUUCAUUAGUCCAGUGUCAUUAUAUUUAUCUUUUUAAAAUUCCAAUCAAUGACAGCAAGCUCAGUCUCCUUGUGGAUCUUUUCGUUUAUUUGAAAUCAAUGUGAAGAAGCUUCAAAUAACAAAUGCCAUAGCUUUAAUAAUACCGUUCCAAGAAUGUAUGAUACAGAUAUCUAAAAUGUUCUAAUAAAUACACGUUUUAUAAAAUCGUACUGUCGUUUAAAAUGCUUUUGUUUAAGGGAGCAUUAAUAUGAUAACCUUUUUCUCAUGUGUUUAAGGGUGUUUGAAAUGUUUACUAUAUUCUUGUUACUUUGAAAUUCGUCAUCAGUAAAUGAAAAAUCAAAAGUUUAUAUAUACACAUAUUAAGAAACUGGCAAAUGUGUUUUGUUUUCUAGCGAAAAGCGUAAAAAGUGUUGAAUAUUAAAUUAUCUGUUUUGUUUUUAACGUUACACAUAUAUUAUGCAGUUACAAAUACGAUAACUAACUUCAAACAACAGGCUAACAUGACAUAAGAAAACAAUAAAAAAAAAACGUAUAUUAAUCAGAUAUGCUUUAAGGAAUGUGUAUCUGCUGUGAAAUGUAUAGUGAACGAUGCAUAUAUAAUAAUGAUAAUAAUAAUAAUAAUAAUGAAAAUAUCAAACUCUUUUUGUUUAAUGUACACAUAACUAAAUAGUUUGCAUGUAUAAGAAAGAUACAUAUCGCUAACAACAUAUAUCGAUAUUGAUUUGUUAAUAAUAACACACAGAAAUAUCGGGAUCCGGCAUUUAAACUUUUUGUAAAUGAGUUUUAUAAUUAAAAUUUAGUGUGUUUGUAUGUCAAUGCCGCAUACAUGUUUACAUAGUAUAUUAGAAACUGUUUGCACAAUCCAUUGAUUGUAAGAUACAGUAAUAUGUGGUUGUACAGGUACUAAUGAUACAUUUAUUUUAGAAUAAUUAUUGUGUAUGAAUUGAAUUACAAGUUGCACUUGCAAAAUCUCAUUUUAUACACAAUCACGCUACAAAAAUAAGUUAUGUAUGUUUUAACACUUUAUUUAUGGAAA